GCUGUUGUGUGCUGGCGUUGAAGGGCGUCAGCUGAAAAUUUUGUGAAAUUGCUGCUGUUUGCUGAUGAAAACAAACGAAUUUCGUCUGUUGUGUACCGGAAAAGUAUUGUUUGAAAAGUAAUGUUCACGGCAACUGUGUAAUGAGACAGCGAAGUGUAUAGGAAACGAAUGAAAACUUCAUUUUUGCAUUUGAUCAACAAAGUUGCACUAGUAAGUGACAGAUUCGUUUCCAUUCAGUUACUUGAAGGUGCGUGUGUGAAGGCGGGAAGUACUCAAUCAGCUGUGAGGGCUUAGUGCACACCUACAAUCGGUGCUAUAUUUGUAAACAAAUAUAAUUUCACCUAUUCGCUGCACUGGGCAAUUUCAUUAUUUUCAAAAGGUGCAACAAUGGCUGAUAAGAGCCUUGCAAAACGGUUAUCUCUUUCCUCAUCGGCUAAAAAUCGAAUGAGUCUGCCAUCGAGUAGCGGAGUGCUGAGUAGUGGUGGACUAGGUGCUGUUGCCUUGCCGUCUGGUUCGAAAUUGCCUGCGUUGAAAACAUCAGCAUCUGUGGGAGUUCCUUCACCUGGAUCACCAGGAGAAGUUCCGCUUGUUCCGUAUAUUAAAUCUUCGGAUAAUGCUAAAGUGCUACCCAAAUAUACUGCCGCGUUGAAUGCGACUACCGAGGACCUGGUACCUGCGGAGGACUUGGAUAUGGUGCAGCUUGAGUUGGAGCUACUCUUAUCUACUGUAGCAUUGCGAUACCGAGUGUUAAAAAGUGAAAUCGAUACCAUCGACAAAGCAGACGAACGUCGUGAACGUAAAGGAAAAUUUAUCGAUAAGGCACCAUCAUCGCCAGGCAAAAAGAAACGAUUGGAUGAAAAACAAAAACUACGGGAAAGCGCUGGAAAAUUGUUUGGUCAUCAUAUCAGAUUGAAUAAAAUUAAAAAUAUGUCCUCUCUAAUUCCUCCGUCACCGGCACCAUCGCAAAACACUGACGAUAGCAUGGAUGCAGUUCCUUUUCUACCCGCCAAUCACCAUAUUCAGCAUAUCAUAUCGGAUAACUCAAAAUUAAUGCUUCCGAAAAAUGACACCCCAAAUAAAUUUUGGAUGUCGGUAGAACCAUAUUGUAUGUCUAUUACACACGAGGAUCUGAAAUUGUUAGAUGAUUUGUUGGAAGAAUAUUCAGGGCCACUGAUUCCACCGAUUCCAGAGUUAGGACCUCAUUACAGUACUCAGUGGGCUGCUGAUGAUAUAAAGGAAGAGCAAGAUAAUUCCAAAAAAAGUAAAGGCCUCACUAAUGGUGAUGUAGGAAAAAAGGAAAAGUUAAUGGGUGAGGGGGUCACUGGUCCGCUGACACAGCGGUUGGUGUCCGCUCUAAUGGAGGAAAAUUUAUUGCCAGAUUGCAACAGCACGAGCAACGAAAAUAGCAAUAGUAGUUCGGAUGUCGGGCACAGUAAUUCUAGAAGUGCGGUUUCAUUGCUUAAAAAUGGUAUCAGCAUUGAGCGUCGGUUACGCAAAGAAUUGAUCGAGCAAGGUAUCCUUGAUGACGAUGAUAUGCCGAAGAGCCAACAGGAUGACGAAAUCCUUUCUGAAAUCAACAAAGUUCGUACCGAAAUCGCCGUUAUAGCGGAGUAUAAUUCGAACGAAAUUCGAAAACUGCAAUCCAUGGCACAGGAUGAAAUGAAAAGAAUUGAGGUCAAGAGGAAGCUGGACCGAGUAGAUCAAGACAUAAUUGAAUGCUACAAAAAAAUAACGGCUGCCAGACUCAAACGCCGUCCACUAACCAAACAGGAGCGAGAUGAAGCAUAUCGUUUAGCAGAGGAGCAAAAACGACUUUCGGAUCAACUUGAACGAAUGCCUGUGCACGGUCCUUUUGCGAGCAAUUGAAACGUUAACUAAUUUACGCUCGAACAUGCGGUGGUCGAUAUGCAGUUUUUCCAACAAUUUUAACAAUAGUUAAUAAGUCAAGGUUUAUGACAUUUGAAAUUUCUUGGGUGUUAAUUUUCCUCACAUUGUGGAUGCAAAAAGUUUUAAAUUAUUAGCAGGAAGCUUUAGAACUGUGAAUUCAAAAACCCGUAUUUGGUUCAUUGAAAGGUAAUUCUUAGGAUGAACAAGGAACUGUUCCUUUUUACCUUACUACACUGGGGAAGAGUUACUAUAUACUUCGUUUAAUCAGAAGUAAAUGAGCAGCAAUUAUGUAUUGCUAAGAGAUCAAUUUGGCUUUGGGUUGAUGAAAGACUAUCAUUGUUUUUAUUCUCAGCUCCUGUCUGUUUUUUUUUUUCAAAUUGAUUGUACUCUUCUGGUAGUCAUGGCUUUUUUAACCUUGCACUAUUAAUACUUAACAUCCGUGUUGAAUUAAACGUGACGUAAAUAAAUUACUCUGGUAUGUUAAAUUAUCGUAUGUAAUUUUCCUCCAUAUUGCUAAUACAUUUUUAUCGUUUGAUCGUUUGACCGAAAACUGUGCACAUGAUAUUUUUUUUUUUUCAAAUCAGUCUUCCGUCGCUCCCCCCAAUUCCCUAACAUACGAGCAUUCACUAUCUCAGAAGAUGGAAGGAGUGUAGAUCGCAGAUAUUUUUACCUUAGAAAAUCUAUACACCACCGAUAACACUUAUCGCGGUAGUAGGAUCCAUUCGAAGUUUUCCCCCGUUGACCCAAAUCUUUAAUGAUUACCGCAGGUACAUUUUUCAGGUUUUAACGUAGGUAUCUUCAAGACAUCAUCAUUCGAGAUAAUUUAAUAAUUAUCCUCUUUCACCUCGUUUAUUAGGGUAUCCUCUAAUCUUUCUUUUUUUGGGUGUUGGGUAUCACAGCGAUUCAGAAAUGCGAGCGAGAGACAAGGAACCACGAAGUUGCGUUGUUUUAGAAUCUGUCAUGACAGUCUGGGAUUCAAAAAUAGUAACAUCAGUAAUUUUGCUGUCUAGUGAUUGAAGCAUGAAUUAAAUAUUAGGUUUUUCGAACAAACCAGGAAGAGGAUGUCGAUACUGGGAUAAGUUGUAAGGGAAGAUUAGUUAGUGCUCGAGAUGAAUGGAGGAUUGGAUUGGAUAUUAUAAUAAAUGCGAUGUUUUUUUAUUAU